AGUUUUGCCUUUUAUUUCGCUUUGAAGCUUUACCUUUAACGUCUACGUCGGCCACAAAAGUAGUUUGCACUCAUUUCACGGUGAUGGUCGUGGAUCUGUCGUUAUUUUUUGGUUUUUCCGUCUUUACUCUGCAUUGGAUGCGGAUUCGAAAUCGGACCUAUUUGUACGAUCAUUUGACAAAGUUGGUAGACAACGUGAAGGUGGCACUUCAUGAAUGCAAAACAUCUCAUCUCCUGUAGUUUUAGUACGCUUGCUCUCUACACGAUCGGUUUUAUCCGAUAAUUUGCACCGGUUGAAAAUAUUUUUCCGUCGAAAAUCACGACCGAUAUACUGAUUCCUUGCAAGAAACAAGUCUCGCCUGUCUGUGUCAAUCAAAAAGCACAAUUCGAAGAUCAGCCUCGACAAAAAAUAAACCCAAGAACAGCAAGAUCGCAUCCAAACAAAAAUGAGGAUGAAGCGACUCCUUCUCCUGUGGCCCUUCGCCACGUGGAGCGUGCGCUGCAGUGGCGAAAAAGUGGUGAUGAAGUUCGGCGGGUCUUCACUGAAGGACAGUAAGAAAGUGCUCGAGGUGGCGCAGAUUGUCAACGACAAGCAGGAGAUGUUGGACAAAGUCACGAACAAGCCGCACGAGCUGCUCGUUAUCUGCUCGGCGAUGGGCAAGACCACUGACGCACUGCGCGAACUGUACAAGACUGUGCGUGCGGAGCGCGAUGCCAAGGUGGAUCCGGUGAACCUGCUCGCGAGCGGGCUGGGAAACAUGAAACUGCAUCAUGCAGCGGUGAAUAAUUCCUCGGUAGUUGUGCAUCUCCAACCUUCAGCAGGAGGAGCAGGGGCUGCUUAUCCGGGAGGUCAGCAGGGGAAGAACUUUCUUGCAAGUACAGCGCCGAAGUAUGCUCCCGCAGGAGAAACCACGACGCCAGAAACUUCUACCCCGGAGCCGAAAUACCUGGCCCUGUUCCGCCAGAUUGUGCGUUCGCACAAGCAAAUUUUUGACGAAAUCAAGGCCCACGCCAUCGAGAAGGCCCUGGCGGAGAUCGAGAGCACCUCGUCACAGGAAAAUCUCUUGUGCCGCAGCGACACCAGCAACAGUGCCUUCGACGAUUGCAGUGCGUGCUCCCCACCUGCUUCCAGGCCGGGGGAACAAGGGGCGCCAGAACUACAGGGCGGUCAUCCUCGUGAGGCUCCGUCAACCCCCUCCCGGCAGCUGGACCUAAGAAAGCAGCGGCGCGCGGACAAGCUGGCGCAGUGCUUCGAGAAUGCCUGGCAGCGGGACAUCGAGAAGCCGCUUCUGCAGAAGCUGGAAACCGACCUGCGCGCCUUUUACGAGAGCACACCCUCUAAAGAUACUGCUGGGAUGAUGCAGCAAGAACGUGACUCACAACAAGAGCAAGUCGCUUCAUCCCCUUCCUCAUCCGCGCUGAAUAGUAACCCGCAGCAUUUCUCGAGUGAUUACGUGCUCAGUUUCGGCGAGCGCUUGGCCGUGCGGAUCGUUGCGCAUACCCUGAGGACGGUGCACCAGCAGAAGCUGGCGGCCGGGUUUGACUCCUGGGCACUCGGGCUCCAGACGACCAGUGGGAAUGGGGAAUUGGACUCGGUGCAUAGUUCCGCCACAAUCGACGACGUAGACCGGGUAUCAACUGCAAGUAUGUCUGGGACUGGAAGCUUCGGACGCUGAGCGACCCCAGAUGGUUCAACCACACCCAAGGGCUGCCAAGCAUGACAAGUCUUUAUCGAGCUUUCUCGAACUUGGUAGUGCAUAACAAAAAAGCCAGCGGCGUUUUUGCUGCACAUGCGACGCAGAUUUUGCAGGCAUGCAAGACACGCAUCAGAAGUUCCGCCUCUCCAGGCCCAGACAUGUUUGCAAUGAAUACCGGGUGUACCAGAACAUCCGCGAAGGACUUGAGUCGCAAAAAAUGAACCUGGAAAUAUCCUGAGUAAAAACGCACCCAUCUUCUUGAUCCCAUAGUCAAGAUCAUCAGAACUGGGCAUGACAAACCCGGAACUUUUGGUGCUCAUGCAUGACAAGUCUGGCUGUGGCUAUGCAGUGUAGUCGUGCCUAGCUAGAAGUCUAGCUCCAUCACAGCCCUGCUCUCUUGUAGAUGAUACUGAAAAACGCGGGACAAAUUUUCCAACACGACGAGUACUUCUAAAAAACGUUUUGCAAUGAGAAACAAAUAGCCGCAUGAGUGGUGUUCUGGGCAACAUGCAGAUUUACAUGAGAAUAUAUGAGUUUGGGGUGGGUACGUUUGUACUCAGGAUAGGAAGGCGUUUGCGAGAACUCGCUGGAGGACUGCUCCUCGAAACCAGCUUUCAUCCCCAUUGUCACGGGGUACAUCCUAUGCAUUGCAAAUGUCCUCGUGGUUCUCUGUCUGGAAAAGUGAUUACUUUGCUCGCAUGAUCAGCACUACAAUCUGUGUUGCAUCACGUCGAACAUUUUUAAAAGCGGUUUUUUUUUUGUUUUGCGAAAAUGCAAGUUGUGAUCAUGCGUUCUAGAAACUCGCUCUCGCGACCGCGAGAACUCCGCAUGUCAUGACAGACCCAGAUCGAUCGAUAUUUGCAGUUGAUGCCUGGCGCGCGACAGCCAGGGCCGCACGACCACGCUCGGACGCGACGGCAGCGACUUUUCGGCCGCGCUCUUCGGAGCGGCGAUCGACGCCAACCGUGUGCAGAUUUACAAAGACGUGCCGGGCAUCCAGUCCGCGGACCCGCGGAGCCUCGGGGAGCACGGGCCGCAGUAUCGAAUGCAAAUGUGUCUGGGUGGCCUGGAAGAAGGCAAGGUCUGUUUAUGCUUGCCUGACACGAGAGAAGCAUCUGUCAUGCGUAUUGCGGUACAACAACAGUUCCUCUCUGUUUAUCAUGCAAAAAUGCAUUGCGGUCGCGGUGCGGUCUACUACGCAAAACGUAGGCAUAGCAGCUUAAAAUCUUCAUCUUGUCAUGCGUGGCUCAGAAGAGGAGGCUGCUUACGUACCAUCCACACUUAGGCAUCACAAGUUUCGUCCAGACCCAGAUCGAUAUUUGCAAUGCAUACGCAGCGUGUGCGCACCAUCCCGUUUCUGACAUACGACCAGGCGGCGGAACUUGCGUUGCACGGCGCCACGGUGGUGCAUCCGCGCGCGACUGUACGAGAGUGCACAACUCCUGCUAACCCUCAAAACAAAGAUGCUCGCGGACUACAGUAGUACUUUUUGGGUUCCCAAGUUUGUAGUUAUGCAAGGCAGGAGCGGUAUGGGGCAGUGGCAGGCAGUCCGCAUUUCCCAGCAUGACAAACGAGGGGGACGAGUUGUGUACUCUCAUAGACCGACCCGCUGCGAGCUAAGGGGAUUCCGCUGGAGGUGCGCGGGACCAGUGACCCCUUCAACGACGCCACCUUUACGACCAUCGGCCGCACCGCCCCGUCCGCGCUGAACGGCGAGCUAGCGGCCAGUUUGGACGACCAGGAGCGCACGGCGCCGGAACUCAGCAGCAGUGCAGGAACUACGCCUACCGCAGGCAAGAGCGGCGGGGUCGCUGCAGAUGAAACGAGCCCCGGGGUGCUGGCGAUCACCUGGAAUGACAAGGCCCGCUUGAUCCGCGUGGAGAGCUCCGAGAUGGUAGGGGCGUCCGGCUUUCUGUCCGAAGUGUUCGGGGUCUUCAAGGAGUUCGGGAUUUCGCUGGACGUGGUCGGUACGUCGACCAGUUCGGUCUCCAUGACCACCGACGGCCUGCGGGCGGACAUUGAGCCGAAACUGGUCGAGGCGCAACAGGUGCUGCAGCAGAAAUUCAAGAAUGGCGGGCUGAUCGAGAUCGACAACAACGUGGCCACACUGACUUUGAUCGUGGCCGACCCCACCAAGGCGGCGGAGGUGAUGUGGCAGGUGCAGAAGGUGCUGUGCGAGCACCAGGUGCCGCUGGAAAUCGUGACCAAGGCCAAGUCUCUGCAGCUCACCUUCGUGAUCUCCACCAGCAACGGGUCCUGGCGCAAGGCAAUCGACGACCUGCACACGCAGUUUGUGGAGGGGAAGCUCCCGGUGGCAGCUGCGACCACCCUGGAGGGGUGA